UCUGACAGGGCAUGACAUUUUUUUCCCGGCAAGAAUACUUUACUGAUUGUUGGUAGCAUUCUUUAAAUGCUGAUCAACAAAAAAAAAAAGGAACAACUUUAAAAGUGACAUGAGACAGAAUCAGGUGUAUUGAGGGUUGAUAUAACAACAUGUCCAAGCGAUAUGGCAAGCUAUUUGAAAGUAGUUUUGCUUCCUCAGCAAAGAAAGCAAAACUAGAAAUCACUGUAACACAACUUCAGGCACAAACAAAGACAAAAAAGUAUCAACCAAGUACUAGUAAAGCUGUACAAAAUGAUGAUCUUUGGGGAGAUGAUUUUGAGGAAGGAGAUAUUGAAGAAAUGGAUUUCAUUGCAACUCAAGCAUGUUCUCAGGUUUAUGCAUUACAAAUUAACGAUGAGCAACCAAGAAGCUUUAAGGAGCCUGAGCACUUUAAUAAGUCCCCUCUGAACAAUCACCUAAAUUCACUGCCCUCAAUCAGUUAUGAAACUGCAGAUAAACGAAUUCCAAAACAUGAUGUCUUUCAGACAAAGUCUAAUCAAAAUUCCAAUAUACGGCAAAAUGGUGGCUCACCCAUUCCAAGUUCUUAUAGGAAUGGUCAUAUGAGGUCAAGUGAUCGAGAUAUGGUGGUUCCUUCCCAAAAAAUUUCUUCUUCUGAAUUUAGAAAAGAAUUUAAUGUGCAUGAGCACACUAUGGUUUUUGAUGACUUUCGAAAAAAUUUAUUAGAUACGGACAAUCACAAUUCAACUUUUCAGUCACAGAAUACCUGCGUGCUUGUCUCUGAUGAUCUUAAUUUGAAAGAAGUGGAAAGGUUGAAGGAAGAGAAUAAGAAAUUAUUAGAUAAUUUCAUAACAAAGGAAGGUGAAACGGUCUUUCUACGUCAUCAACUUCAGCAGACCCAAACAAGAGCACAGAAUGAAAAAGUUGAGAAAUCCAAGUUCAUCGAAGAACAAGCUAGUAAAUUUAGAGCAGAGAUUAAUGCACUGCUCAAGGAAAAGGAAAACUUACAGACAAAAUUACAAUUCCAGAGUUUGGAAUUGGGGAAUCUCCUGGAGAGAUGUAAAUUACUGGAAAGUGGUUCGGUCAAGUUGACUGAACCACAUUCAGUCAAUGCCGAACGCUCCGGAAGAAAUAGAUUUAAUACAACUAUAAAUAGGACAUCAUCGGCUAUAAAGACUGCAAAAAUCUCAGAAGUAUCUGUACAAGUUAAUGUGCCUGAUAAGAAGAAUUAUAGAUUAAAAACUACAGCAUCCUAUUUCCCUCUGAGCAAAAUACCACAAAGCUUAUUCGAAUCAUCCCAACCAGAAAAGUCAGUUGUGGAGAUUCGAAUAGUCGAGAAAAUUGGAAAGAGAAAUUCACCUAUUCUACAGGAUGAAGAGACUUUUAGGAUAUUUGAAAAUCCCGAUCUGGUAAAACCAACAAUAACAAUGGUUGAUGGUAAACGCCUAACUGUUGAAUACUUUGUAUCUGAUAUAGCUGCAAUCAUGAAAAGAACAUUUGAGGAAAUAAAUACUCAAGCCACGAUACCAAUAGUGAACAAACUCAUCUCAGUUACCAGGGAAUUGCAACUGAACUUAACUUUAGUAUUGCAGACAAUAUCUCGUGAGAUGAAGAAUGACGAUAUCCGAGAUAUGAAUGAUUUGUACAUGUCACAAUUGUACGAGGGAGUAAUUGAUUACAGAAAAACAAUUUGCGACGCCGAUGUCUGGCACGAGAAGGAAAGAGGCGUCGAGGCAAGACGCGCACUAGGUGCGAUGUCUUAUGUUGCUUCAGCAUCAUUUUAUCUAGCGGAAUACAUUGCCGGAAAAGUAUCCAUGCGUUUGAUAAAUGAUACCUCAAAUGCAAGUUACAAUGAACAAAUGCGUAGCUAUAAUGCUUGGGAAAAGAAAGGUUGUGAUUUUGAAUUCCUGGAGAUGAUCCGAGAGUGCAUCAGUGUAAUGGGUCUUGUGAGAAGAUCGCAUCAGUUCAGUGGUCUUCUGUGUGCUGCAGCAAAAGUCUUAAACACUGUUCACAAAAGGAUAGGAUUUUGUUCCAAAGGGAUGAAUUACGUGGCUGAGAUAUUGAAAGAAAUAGUAUUUUCGCGACCAUUGCCGUGUUGUUACAUACCAAUGACAAAAUUACUUAUUACAUUUGGAAGAUCAAAGGAAUUUAUAAAGAAACUAUGUAAAAGCUCUGCAAACACAGCACUAACCGUUUGGAAAGAUGUUCCUCAUUUUACUUCUGAUGCCUGCACUCUGGAGAUUUACGUGGCCCAAUUGGAACACUGUCGACUGGAUCCUGUUGCCACCAUAAGCAUUGCUUACAAAUUGGUUCCAUUUUCACAUUACGCAUUAUCCAGCCAGAUAAUUUCAUGGACAGUCGAAGCACCACAUUCCUGUAAUUGUUGCAUGAAACUUUUACGCUUGACGGUGACACUAUUGUGUGAAUCUUCAAGAAUUACAGUACCGGAAACGAUUGAUGAGACCAAUAGCAAAUCAGAUUCCGAUGACGGACAAUAUAAUGAGAAUUUAGUACACAAUAAAGAAGGGCAAGGCCAGAGAGAGGACGAGGAUAACAUGACGGAACAUAAUAGAAGAAUGAAAAAGUGGGACUGGACCAAAUUGGAUGAUAGUUUUAGAAGAAGAAUUCGAAUGAAACAAAUGGACUCUUUAAGAAAAGGAAUUCAAUUUCUGUGUUACUUGGCUACGUGUGACCCUGACUUCAUCAUUAGGCAGUCCGAUGUUGAGAAUUCAUUUCACUUGUUUAUGCAUCGAGUCACUUCAUUCGAGGGUUUGAUACUUCAUGAAAGUGAAAAAGACGCCCUGAAUGUGAUACGAUCGAAUUUUGUUUUCGACCGAGCCACAUUGUUGCAGGGACAAACUCAAAGAUCUAGAAGACCUUUUGAUAUUAAUACAGAAUUCGAAAAGACCACAGUACUUUCAUCCAACAGUACAAAUCGUUGGUCUCAAAGCAAAGUAUCAUCACAAACGUCAACUACACUGUACAAAACAAUUUUUGGUAUUUGAAAUUCUUAUCGAGAUGUAAAAAUGGUUGUUCCAGGUUAUAGGGUGCAAGUUUAAUGUUAAUCACAGUUUAAUUCUUUAAACAAACUGCACUUGAAUCAUUAAAUUGGAAAAUUCAUUCCAAUCCCCAUUUAGAUAAUUGAUUUUUAAUAUAUCACCGAUACAUAGAUUACCAGUGUAACUGAUCUUUUUCAAAAGUGAAUACUGCCAUAUCAGUCCACGAUUAUUAUUAAGCUUUAAUGAACUUCUAUUUCAUAGUCACUUAUGCCUCUCUUGUUUGUUGUUAAUACUGUGUUAUAAUAUUAUUUAACAAUUGUCUGUACACUGUUGAAUGGUAAACGAAAAUACAAAAAUGUGAAUGUUCCAAGGUUUUUAACAAAGUACACGUUCUAAGGUAUACAAUUACGAUUCUGAACACAUAUUAUGUACAAAAAAAUUGUGAAAUAUAGACAAGAUUAGAAUA